AUAAAUACGACGAUUGAUAUUACUGCUAAUCAUUUUGGUUAUUUUGAAUUUCGAUUAUGUCCACUUGAUAUGGGACAUUCUCGUCGACCACGUCGUUUAACUCAACAAUGUCUAGAUCAAUAUCUUUUAAAAAUUGGUCCAAGUGAUUCGAAAUCAAAUGGAGAUGAUACCCGAUAUUAUUUACCUCACGGAAAUAAAUCAUAUUUUUAUGUACCUGUUGAAUUACCUGUAGAAAUAAAUUCAUGUGAACAUUGUGUUCUUCAAUGGAAAUAUCAUGCUGGAAAUACAUGGGGAAAAGAUCAACAAGGAAGAAAAUGUUUAGGUUGUGCUGAUCAACAAGAAGAAUUCUAUAAUUGUGCUGAUAUUGCAAUUGUUGAACGAUCACCAAAUGAAUUGAUUACACCGAUUUAUAAUGAUAAUAGCACCACAACGAGAAAUAGGGUAAUAAUAUUAUCUAAGAUAUUAUUAUAUUCAUCUAUCAUUUGA